CGCUCAAAGGCUGACAUCACUUAGGAAAGCGAGGGGGUAGGGCUGGCAGACCAGUUUGUCACCACCCAGCCUCCCUUGCCUUUGGCUGGGUGCAACUUCCAUUUUAGGUGUUGGAUCUGGGAGGAAAGAAAAAAAAAAAGAAGAGGAGAGAGAAGGAGAGAAAGAAGAUUGGAAAGAGCCUUAAAGGAGGAAGAGGUGGAGAAAAAUUAAUUGCAUUAUUGUAUUUGUCUUUCUCAGCAAUAUUGGCAAGGAUUUGGAUUCCUUUUCGUAGAGGAUUGUUUUUUAGAAGUCUGCAACCGAGCAAAACAGCAAGAAGGAGCAAACUUCUGGGUCUCCAGCGCUGGGAGCUGGCUGAGCAGCUCCUGAGGCUUUCUCCUUCCUGCUUCCUCCCUGGUGGUGGCUGAGAUGUUUCUUCCAUGAUUCUUUGCAUCUAGACUGGGCUGUUCUCUGUUAAGCCAAUCAAAUCCGACCUUCCCUUCUUAACAGGGUCAUGGACGACUCCGAGGUGGAGUCGACCGCCAGCAUCUUGGCCUCUGUGAAGGAACAAGAGGCCCAGUUUGAGAAGCUGACCCGGGCUUUAGAGGAGGAGCGGCGCCACGUCUCAGCGCAACUGGAGCGUGUGCGCGUCUCACCACAGGAUGCCAACUCCAUCAUGGCCAACGGCACCCUCACCCGCCGGCACCAGAACGGCCGGUUUGUGGGCGAUGCUGACGUUGAAAGGCAAAAAUUUUCAGAUUUGAAACUCAACGGACCCCAGGACCAUAGUCACCUUCUGUAUAGCACCAUCCCCAGGAUGCAAGAACCAGGGCCGAUUGUGGAGACCUACACAGAAGAGGAUCCAGAGGGAGCAAUGUCUGUUGUUUCUGUGGAGACUUCUGAUGAUGGGACCACUCGCCGAACAGAGACUACAGUCAAGAAAGUAGUCAAGACCGUGACAACACGAACGAUACAGCCAGUCCCAGUGGGACCAGAUGGGCUUCCUAUGGAUGGCUCCUCAGUUUCCAACAAUUAUAUCCAAACCUUGGGCCGUGACUUCCGCAAGAAUGGCAAUGGGGGACCCGGCCCUUAUGUGGGGCAGGCAGGCACUGCCACUCUCCCCAGGAACUUUCAUUAUCCACCAGAUGGCUAUAGCCGCCACUAUGAAGAUGGCUACCCUGGCAGCAGUGACAACUACGGUAGUCUGUCCCGGGUGACUCGAAUCGAUGAGCGGUACCGUCCCAGUAUGGAGGGAUACCGGGCUCCAAGUCGGCAAGAUGUCUAUGGGCCUCAGCCUCAAGUCCGAGUAGGUGGAAGUAGUGUGGAUCUGCAUCGCUUCCAUCCAGAACCUUAUGGAUUGGAGGAUGACCAGCGUAGCAUGGGCUACGAUGAUCUGGACUAUGGCAUCAUGCCCGAUUAUGGCACUGCCCGCCGCACUGGGACACCGUCCGACCCCCGCCGACGUCUCAGGAGCUAUGAAGAUAUAAUUGGUGAGGAAGUGCCCCCAGACCAAUACUACUGGGCUCCUCUGGCUCAGCAUGAAAGGGGAAGUUUAGCAAGUCUGGACAGCCUGAGAAAGGGAGGCCCUCCACCUCCCAACUGGAGGCAGCCAGAAUUGCCAGAGGUGAUUGCCAUGCUGGGCUUCCGCCUGGAUGCUGUCAAGUCCAACGCAGCUGCCUAUCUGCAGCACCUCUGUUAUCGUAACGAUAAAGUGAAGACCGAUGUGCGGAAACUUAAGGGUAUCCCGGUGUUGGUGGGCCUGUUGGACCACCCCAAAAAGGAGGUGCACCAUGGGGCCUGUGGGGCUCUCAAGAAUAUCUCCUUUGGUCGUGACCAGGACAACAAGAUUGCCAUAAAGAAUUGUGAUGGCGUUCCUGCCCUUGUUCGUCUUCUGCGCAAGGCCCGUGACAUGGACCUCACGGAAGUCAUCACGGGAACACUUUGGAACCUCUCAUCUCAUGAUUCUAUCAAGAUGGAGAUUGUGGACCAUGCACUGCAUGCUUUGACAGAUGAAGUGAUCAUCCCACAUUCUGGCUGGGAGCGGGAACCCAAUGAAGAUUCCAAGCCUCGCCAUAUUGAAUGGGAAUCGGUGCUCACCAACACAGCUGGCUGCCUUAGGAAUGUCAGUUCAGAAAGAAGUGAAGCCCGUCGAAAACUUCGGGAGUGUGAUGGGUUGGUGGAUGCCCUAAUCUUCAUUGUUCAGGCAGAGAUUGGGCAGAAAGACUCAGACAGCAAGCUGGUGGAGAACUGUGUCUGCCUUUUGCGGAACCUGUCGUACCAAGUCCAUCGAGAGAUUCCCCAGGCAGAGCGAUACCAGGAAGCUUCUCCUAACAUUGCCAACAACACAGGGCCUCAUGCAGCCAGCUGUUUUGGGUCUAAGAAGGGCAAAGAUGAGUGGUUCUCCAGAGGGAAAAAACCCAUGGAGGAUCCAAAUACCGACACAGUAGAUUUUCCCAAAAGAACCAGUCCUGCCCGAGGCUAUGAGCUUUUAUUUCAGCCUGAGGUGGUCCGUAUAUAUAUCUCUCUUCUUAAGGAGAGCAGGACUCCUGCCAUUUUGGAGGCUUCAGCUGGAGCCAUUCAGAAUUUGUGUGCUGGCCGCUGGACGUAUGGUCGGUAUAUCCGUUCAGCUCUGCGCCAAGAGAAGGCACUCUCUGCCAUCGCGGACCUUUUGACCAAUGAGCAUGAACGAGUGGUGAAAGCUGCAUCUGGGGCACUACGUAAUCUGGCUGUGGAUGCCCGAAAUAAAGAACUGAUUGGGAAGCAUGCUAUCCCCAACCUUGUGAAGAACUUGCCAAGUGGUCAACAGGGCUCUUCCCGCAACUUUUCAGAGGAUACUGUGGUCUCAGUUCUGAAUACUAUUAAUGAAGUUAUUGCAGAGAACUUGGAGGCUGCCAAGAAACUCCGAGAGACACAGGGCAUUGAGAAACUAGUGCUUAUCAACAAGUCAGGUAAUCGAUCAGAAAAGGAGGUUCGGGCAGCAGCACUUGUCUUACAGACAGUCUGGGGCUACAAGGAACUUCGGAAGCCGCUGGAGAAGGAAGGAUGGAAAAAAUCAGACUUUCAGGUCAAUCUAAAUAAUGCUUCUAGGAGCCAAAGCAGUCACUCUUAUGAUGAUAGCACCCUCCCUCUUAUUGACAGGAACCAAAAAUUGGAUAAAAAACCUGACCGGGAGGAAAUUCAGAUGAGCAGCAUGGGUCCAAAUAUGAAAUCAUCAGAUAAUUAUGCCACAUUGAAUGAGAGGGGAGACCACAAUAGGACACUGGACCGAUCUGGGGACCUGGGUGAAAUGGAACCCUUGAAAGGAACACCCUUAAUGCAGGAGGAAGGGCAGGGAUCACUGGAGGAAGAGUUGGAUGUUUUGAUUAUGGAUGAUGAGGGGGACCAGUUGUCUUAUUCCCCCAUGCAGAAGAUUUAGCACCACUGUUUCAAGCUUCAUCUGGGUUUAUAAUAUAUGUACUUUGUUUUUUGGUGGUGAAAUGGACUGAUGAUUCUCCCCUCUCCCUCGCUGGACUGUUGUGCCAACUGCCAGGCUGCCUCCUGCCCUAUUAGCCCGGUAUGGGCUGCCUUCCUUUCCUCAAUCCCAACCUCUUCCAAUGAUGUCUGCCCUUCCCUCCCUGACCCUGGUUUCUCCUAAGGAGUCUGAUUCAGUCACUUGCAUAGGAUGCCUCAAUUUCUCCUGCCUUGAGAAACUGCUGCAGAUUAUUUCUUUUGCCGGCUCUCCUUAGAGCUGCUGGUCCUAUAUGGAGGUUGGGAGAAAGUUUGAGAUUCUUCAUCGAAAGCCAUGGGAAGAAUUAGAAGUUGGUUUCAGUGCAUAUGGUGUCUAUCAAAGCUCUCAUGUUUUGACUGACUUACUUUUUAAAAAAUUUUUCAGUGGGCAAAGAAAAUUUUUUUUAGCGGGCGAGGAGUGAAUUCUUGUUUGUUCUCUCCUUUUAUUCCUAAUGGAUACUUUGGUUUUGAAGCAAAGAAUGUUGGUAACAUUGGCACAUUCCAUUUGGGGAACGAGCCAUCUCACCAAGGGAUCCUUCAGAGUAGAUUUUUCUUCCUGCGUCUUCAGGGCAGGGACCAUCUAAGGACUUUGGACUCUAACUCACUGUUUGUGAGAAGGUGCCGCCCCUUGUUGAGUCUGUCUCUCCCCUUCAUUCCUCAUCCUACCACAGAUGUAAUGGCCAAAUCUGCUUCAGAAGUCUUAGGAAAGGGAAUCAGGUUGUGCGGUUAAGGGAAUGUUUUGGGGAAGUAAGUUGGAAGAGUGUGGAAAGGGAAUGAGGUCAUUAAAAAAAAAAAAUAGAACAAUCAGCUCCCUAUCUAUCAAUCAGGGAGGAAUGUACAUAAGGUGGUUGGUCUGAAGUUGAGGUGGGAAGCUUUAAAGCUAUUCAUUUCUUUUCUUCCCUCUCUUCCUUUUCCUUUCUUUUUUUUUUUCUUUUCUUUCUUUUUUCUUUUUUUUUUUUUUAAACUCUUUAUCUUCCUCCUUUCUUUUUGCUUUACCCUGGGGUUGGUUGGCCAAGAGAAGGAUUUGAUGUACAUAGCUCCUGCCCUUCCUUGUUCUGUGCAGGGGGGCUGCCCUGGCUUUGCCUCUCCCACGUGCCUUUGGCCUGGGGUGGUCCCCUCCCCCCAUGUGCCUUUCUUUGCCGAAGCAGCCUCAUUUCCAAUGAUUUUGCAAAAUAUUAUUUUGUUGCUUCCCCAUUGAAACUAAGGGGAGAUCAAGUGAUUGGAUCUUAGGGCCUAGAGGAACCCAAAUUAUCCUUUUGGUCUGGGGGAGGAUGACUCUUUAUUUCAGCCUUAACAUACUUAUACCCAGCAGUGAAAGUUGGGAUUUCCAGCAAUAAUCCUACUUGGAUAAAUCUUAAAAUGUUUGGGGGGGAGGGGGCCAAGGGAAAGUUAUGAGACAUGAUCCCCAAAUUUCAGCAUCAUCUCUGAGGGGUUUCUGGAAAGUCUGGGCUCUUCCACCCCUCUAGCUCAAUAUAUCUGAUCAUGGUAGUGAAAAGAGUCAGCUGCUAUGUGAUUUAAGUUUUGUUUUGUUUUGUUUUUAACCCUAUCCCUCCCUCGCUAAAAUUCAAAGCCACAUUCAAUGCAACUGGAAGACCUCCCCAAGUGUUGAUUGUUAGGCUGGGGUAGAAGGACCCAGCUGCUUUGCCCUAAAGCUUGGGUGCUUACUAUUUCCUUCCCACCCCUUGCUGGUAGAGGGGAGCCUCUUGCUCUCUCGGUGACCCCAGGAGCGCGCACACUGCACAGAGGGGAGUGGGUCCUGGCCUGAAUUGGGUCUCCUUUUGGCCCCCCUCUCCCUCCUCCACCUUUGUCUCUCUUCCUCUGGUGCUCUUUUGUUUUCUCGGUGGGGUUGUGGGUAUCAGUACAGAUAUGGGCUUUGGGGAUCUUUUCAAUUUGUGUGACUAUAAAACACUAAACUCAAUUCCAGAAGAACCAAAAAUCCCACCUCCCCACUGAACACUACCAUGGGACAUGUCUUCUGCUCCAUGCCCUUUUCUCUUUCUUGUUAACGCUUUUAAAAAUGAGUUUUUUAUAUAAAUAAAAUUUUUAAAGUGUGUA